GGAACCGCGUCGCUGCCGGUCGCCUCUCCCGCGCUCGAAACAUCGCAACUGAUGCGUCGUCGGCUUAUUUGCAUAGGGAUGUUUAUUCCCAGAUAGUGUGUCCUAAAAACCUGACUCAUAUCACAACGGAUUGCUAACAGUGCUGUGAGAUACUCCAGUGUUUCGGACAGAGGUAUUUGAAAUAUAAAAUUCCGUAAAAGUGCUGCGGUUUGUUGGUCCUUCGUUUGGAAAAAGUGGUUUUCAUAUAAAACGGAUGUGGCUACGAUGAGAUUUGUUUGAUUCAAUCAAAGAUAAACAUACAUCAGUCGAACGUAACAAUAAAGAAGACAAUAAUUGAAUUAGCGGAGUUUUUGUUGUAACUGAAACCGAAAGUGCUCAAGAUAAAGUGAGUGAUACAAAGUUGAGAACAGCAUAAUUUCCUGCCGUGGAGAUAAUAAGCUGCGAAGUAAGUACGUGGUUUUGAUCGCAUCUGUUCUGAUGAUAUGUCAUCGUGACCCGUAUGAAGUCGUUAAAAAGAUAAAAUAGAAGAAAACCUCGUAUGGCCGAAGAAGAACGUCCAACUGAAGCGUCAUCGUACGCUUUGUGGACCCUACAGAAUGUUUGGUACAAAAACGCGAGCGACAAACGUUUGCAGAAGUCUGACUUAAAAUACACAUUAGCUAAUGUAAAUGAAAAUGCUGACAACAAUAAGGAUACAGAAGACACUGAGUUUAUUAGUGAAGACAAUUAUAAUAAUGAAGAUCGUGUUAUAGCAGAUGAAAGCAUAAGUUAUAGUGACUAUCGCGGUGAUGAAGAGGUCAGGAAAAAUGUGUGGAGUGAUGUCGAUGACGAAUUAUACAUAGCCAAUCUUAUAAAGGUUAGGACUUCAGAUGAAGUGAAUCGCGUUAAACGUGAUACCAGUGAUUCUAGUGUUAGUGAAUUCAGAGAAGAGGUUGUGAAUAGUGAUAAGUUAGAUAAGUACGAGAUGUGGGACUUGGAGCCCACGGACCUUACGGAGUGUGAUUGUCUUGGACCUCCUCCAGAGUUCCUGCUCCCUCCACCGCCGAGACCGCCGUUCCUGCAAGCUGAUUAUUAUUGUGGUGACGACCCGAUACCCGAUUUGGAGACUUGCGAUACGGAACCAAAGAUAGACGCGUACAACCACAGCGGGCCAUCGUUGCAGACGUCGGCAGUGAUCGCUCUCUGCUCCACCGUCCUCAUCGUGGGCGUUCUAAUAGGCGCAUUACUUGUUUGGAAGCACAAACGAAAAGUGACACAUCUCCUGCCAUCAAAGUCUUCAGCUCCGAACCAGAGCACGGGGUCCCAAAGGCGGGCACCUCCACCCGCUCCGUUGUACGAGGACCUGCAGGAUAUGCCGAGACGACCGCCGCUGCCACAUCUGCCUGAAAUGGAACCACAACUUGAGAUGGUCGAAACAAAGCGGCCUAACUGCCAAGGACGGGUCUUCGUCUGUGACACAGGCGGUUCAUGGAGAGGAGGCAACUCUUGUGUUGGAGACACUUGCGGGGCUCCUCUGUACGAAGAGUUGCCUCACAGAUCCGACGACUCCAUUCACAGCGACGAUCACUUCGCUGAAGACGAGCUAAGUCUUGUCGGCGAAGCGGUGCCAUGUCGAACGUGUUCGAGACCGCCUGCACCACAGUCUUUACCCCAUCGGCCGAGACAGCACCGUCUAGACAGAAGACCAAAGUCCCUUGAACGAAGACGAGCACAACACAGAAUGCCUCGUCACAUACAUCCUCCAGACCCUUCAGAAUUCCACGAAGGAGUGCUCUUGGAUGCAUUAUUAAGACUGUACCCGCAAGUUGGUACAGUUGGCGCUAGGCCUCCAGGUCCAAUGCCAAUAGGAGCAGGAGGCGCGUGGCCUGGAGGGGAAUUGCCAGGAAUCAAUUGCUGGAGAGCUCCGAGAGCAUCACCCAAGCCUCCGAGCGGAGAUUCUUCCUUCGGCUCCGAUUCAGGCUACAGCAACAAUACCUGUGGCACAUGUGGUACCAGGGCUUCCUCCCGACAUCGUCUAUCAGCAGAAAUACCCUUAUCAUGAACGAGAGGAAUUUUCGGACUCGGUGAUCGUGCAUUAGUGGUUCCAUAUGGAGUGAUAAAAUGAAUUUUUACUGUAAUUCCAAGCAUUUAUUAGGUUUACUUCUUAACGGCCUACUUUCACUGAUAUUCAGUAUGGCCUUUUGCCUUUUUCUGGAAUAGUGUUUGUGAAUUAUUAUGGAGCUUAGGGAUACCUAGUAGUAUAUUUCUACGUUGUACAAAAGAGUUUCUAAUUAGCUGACGUCUUUCCGAUUAGCAAUAAUACUUAAUUUGUAUUUAGCUUCCUUGGUACUGAUUUUACAUUGUAAUUGAUUGAAUA